AUGAGCUCCUCCACUAGUAGGAUGGAACAGAACAGAACAGAAGAAGCGACCAAUUAUGACUUUCAGGGUUUUGACUCAGAGGAAGAAUUAAACCCGCUUCUUUGUGGAGUCGGCCAGGAUUCAGAGGACUCAGAUGAACAGGACCAAAUUGGCUCACCUGACUCCGUAAAUAAAUCAUCUCCAGAAGAGACCAAAAAGUCAGUCAAGAGAGGGCUCAUCAGCAGGAUGAAAGCUAUUUCUGUCCAAACAUUUGCUCAAGAGUCAAUCCUGAAUGUGAGGUCUAGAGUCAGGCGUAGGUUGGCCCACCGUCGAAGACAGGAAGCUGACAGUUCAGAUACUUCAAUGCUUCUGGAGAGUGAGGAUAGUCUUUCAAAUGAGAUAAUUACACCCGAAGAUCAGCAUACAAACAGUGAGUCUGAAGAGAUUGGGCCUUCCACUGCCCUCUGUAAAAGUGACUGUGAGCGUCGUCUUGAUGUGGCUCAGAAAUGCCACAUUGAGAAAGUGGCUGAGCUUGAGAGAGAAAAGGAGGAAAUCCAGGCUAUAAAGGAAAACCUCUUCUCUCAAGUUAGUCGUCUGCAGGAUGAGAGCAUCACAAAUGAAAGGAACAGGAGCCUCUUGACUGAGAAGGUGGCAAGUCUUGAAACAAGACUGGAUGAAAAAGAGUUAGAAAAUGGAAAUUUGGUGGCAGAAAUUGACGAUUUGAAGGAAAGGAAUUGGCGUCAAGAAAAGCAUUAUGGAGAGAAAGUGCCUCACCUAACAAGAGACUUGCAGCAAGCUCAGGACAGAGAAAGGGCCCUGAACCAGCAAGUGACCUCUCUCCAAACAUCAUUUAAUAAAACACAAGACGAGGCUACACAGCUCAGGGCAGCAUUGCAUGACUGUGAGCGUCGUCUUUAUGUGGCUCAGAAAUGCCACAUUGAGAAAGUGGCUGAGCUUGAGAGAGUAAAGAAGGAAAUCCAGGCUAUAAAGGAAAACCUCUUCUCUCAAGUUAGUCGUCUGCAGGAUGAGGAGCAUCACAAAUACAAACACAAACAAGACAGCCAUUUGAGCUCCUCCAUUAGUAGGGAUGAACCAGCAUUCAGAGGAAACAAUCAGAACAAAGAACAGAACACCUGAAGAAGCGACCAAUUAUGACUUUCAGGGUUUUGACUCACCUGAGGAAGAAUUAAACCCGCUUCCUUCUGGAGUCGGCCAGGAUUCAGAGGACUUAGAUGAACAGGACCAAAUUGGCUCACCUGACUCCGUAAAUAAAUCAUCUCCAGAAGAGACCAAAAAGUCAGGCAUGAGAGGGCUCAUCAGCAGGAUGAAAGCUAUUUCUGUCCAAACAUUUGCUCAAGAGUCAAUCCUGAAUGUGAGGUCUAGAGUCAGGCGUAGGCUGGCCCACCGUCAAGGACAGGAAGCUGUCAGUUCAGAUACUUCAAUGCUUCUGGAGAGUGAGGAUAGUCUUUCAAAUGAGAUAAUUACACCCGAAGAUCAGCAUACAAAAAGUGAGUCUGAAGAGAUUGGGCCUUCCACUGCCCUCUGUAAAAGUGACUGUGAGCGUCGUCUCUUGACUGAGAAGGUGGCGAGUCUUGAAACAAGACUGGAUGAAAAAGAGAGAGAGAAUGAAAAUUUGGUGGCAGAAAUUGACGAUUUGAAGGAAAGGAAUUGGCGUCAAGAAAAGCAUUAUCGAGAGAAAGUGCUUCACCUCACAACAGCCUUGGAACAAGCUCAGGACAGAGAAAGGGCCCUGAACCAGCUGGAAACUCCUGCUGCUGAGGCUCAGAGUGAAAGCCUGUGGAAGCGCUCUCUCAGAGGUGCACUGAGCGUAUGCAAGUUCAUUGGUGUGUCCUCUGCAUGUGCACUUGUUGCAGUGGGUAUACUGUCCAUUGGAUUGGUUGGUCAUUGUGAUUGCCCAUGUGAUCCUUUCUCCCACCUGUUGGAAUCAUUGACUAUUCACAACACAGGACACCCCUCUUAA